UCAUCACCCCAACAUGGCUGCACAAUUGCACAAUUGUGUUCGUGUUAUCCGGUGAAACAAUAGGCCACGAAUGCAGGAAAAUAUUCCAUCCGAGGUGAAGUGUCAUUUUAAAGUGUAAAUUUUUCUUUAUCAUUGUUGUCAUUCAUCGAUAGCGACACACCAUCGAGUCAAUCCUGAUUGUCAAGGCCCAUCUAAGGAUGUAGACAAUGCGAUUGAUCAAUUAUGACAUAACUGGUGUCAGUGGAUAUUACUCAGACGAGAUGCAGCACACUAAUGAGUUUUAAUCACUCAUAAUCGAUAAUUGAUCGAGAAUUGAUGAGUUGCUCGGUGGAAUUGCGACAGAGGAGGCAAAACGGGAUGACGGAGGAUCCCCAUAGAUUGGCAGCAAUGAUGAACAAGUCCCAGAGGCUGGUACUGGGACUUCUCGUUCUGCUUCUUGUGGAUAUCAUUUGGGUAUCCAGCUCCGAGAUGACUAAGUACGUCUACAAAGAAGCGUCAUUCGAGAAGCCAUUCUUCAGUACCUACGUCAACACCUCGAUGUUCACUCUUUACCUCUUGGGGCUGUGCUUCUGGCCGCCCUGGAGAGACCAGUGCAACAAGCCCACAACUUACAUGUUCAUAGAUCCAAAUAUCGAGGACGAUAAUUUUUACUCGGAAGCCAAUACCAGUCUCAGUGAUCCCACAUUUGUUCCAAUAAAAAAACCAGAUCAUUACGACAGAUCAUCGGGAACAGAGAGCGAUGAUUCAUCGAUUCGUGGUGUGAGAUUCAGCAAAUUGGCUGAAGUAAGACACAUGUCUGAGAGCGAUGCUACUGAAGCACUUUUUGCGAGGCUCAGUUAUCAGGCAAGUGUUUGGGCUGGUGAACACGCUAGAAGACAGGCGCACAAAUUCUCCAUCCAGGAAGUCGCGAAAAUAGCACUGAUGUUUUGCUUUCUCUUAUUUCUGGCUAAUUACACAUUCCAAAUAUCCCUGGCUGAGAUUGAAGCUGGAAUGGUGACAGUAUUAUCGUCAACGUCGAGUCUCUUCACAUUAUUUCUUGCGACAUUCUUUCCGAGCAACAGCAAAGAUAAGUUCACGCUGUCGAAACUCGUUGCUGUUGGUGUCAGUAUUUUUGGUCUAGCACUGGUGGUGCUGUCUGAUAUGCACAUGGAGAGCAAGGGAGAUCCACCAGGAAUAAUAUUGGCUCUAGUCAGUGCAUUUUUCUACGCUGCGUACAUCGUUUUUUUGAAGAGAAAAGUCGAUCAUGAGGAUCGUAUGGAUAUUCCCAUGUUUUUUGGAUUUGUUGGGCUUUUUAAUUUAAUUCUACUGUGGCCAUUAUUUUUUAUUCUUCAUUAUGGGCAUUGGGAGGAGUUCGAGUGGCCUAACAGCCAUCAGUGGACAUUUCUUAUCAUCAAUGGACUCAUUGGGACUGUUCUCAGUGAAGUUUUGUGGUUGUGGGGAUGCUUCCUGACGUCUUCUCUUCUGGCUACACUAGCUGUCAGCCUCUCCAUGCCCAUGUCCAUGAUUGCUGAUGUACUUCUCAAGAAUGUCGAGUAUUCAUGUGUUUUUUAUCUCGGUAUGGUACCCAUGGUACUGGCAUUCGUCACAGUUUCUCUGCUGUCGCAUUACGAUAAUUGGGACCCGGUUAUGGAUUUGAUCAAGAGCUUUGACUCCUGGUUGUUCAAGAAGAGUCGAACUGUGAGGAUUCCUGACUUGGAGGCCGAACAAACUGAAUCUCUCAUCGGUAUUAAUCACGGGGAGGAUCAUGAGGCUUAAGACAAUAAAAUUGCAUUCCGAGUUAUCAAAUGCAGGAGUUUCGUUUGAAUUUAACUUCGAUAGAGCUGCCUCCAAACUCAAGUUAUUUCCGAUUAAUUUGCAUAGUAGCAGCAGCUCCCACAAUUUAUUUGGGAAAUUAACAGCUAAAGGGUCAAAGGUAAUUGUCAAUGUGAUUUGAGUAAUUGUUUUAAGUAAUUGCAUAUCCCGAGCUUUAGUACUGGUUGCGUUGCGUUAUUCUGGGGACUGAGUUUCGAAUGCUGUUAGUAUUCCAGUGCUUAACUGCGAGCGUUAAUAAUUUCGUACUUACAAGAAUAUAAUUUACACAAACUUAGAUUAAUUGUAAUUACUUGAAGACACUGUCAGUGAGAUAUUUAUGUAAUUCGUCGAGGGAAAUGAUCAAAAUGUUGCUAAUCCAGACCAAGACUCCUAAAUUAAUUGAGUAAAAAAAAUGUUCAAGUGUUGAUUAAUCCUUUAAUGAGGGAUUCGGUAGAGGAGUGGAAAAAUGUCAAAGAGGGAGACUAAAGAAUUUUACAUUUUACUAAACGAACGGAUUAUCUUAAAAUGUGUGAAAUUUUCACGUUUUGCCACUUUCCUACAGAAUAUUGUAAUGUCACAGCUGUCAUGGAAUUUAAUUAAUUAAAUCGACUCUCCACAAAUUGUCUAUAAAAUCUAGUCAAUGAGAAAAAUCCAAAAUAAUACCUACAAAAAAAAAAUCAUCUAAAUGUAUUGCGACGUCGAGGAACAUAUUUUUCUACAAUUGGUAAUGAAUUUUCGAUUAUAAAAUGUUUUAAAAAUAAUUAGAGACGUGAGACAUCAAUGUACAAUUCUACUUUUAAUCAAUCAUUUGAGACUGCUUGAUUUUUCGCCUUCCUUGGAAGACUAAAGAUUGCUCGCACAAUAAAAACAAUUAUUGAAACAACAAAAUAUGAAAAAAAAAA